UAAACUCAAAAUGUUGAAACUUUCUCGUGAUCCGAUUCUAUGUAUCACUACAUUAAUUCUCAUUAUAACAUUUUCUCUCUUAUCCUAUGGAACUGAAGCAAGGCUACAUCAUCAAGCGUCUCAGCCUCCUUCUCCCUCUCCAAACCCUAACGACCCGUCGAAAUCUCCAUCUCGGUCCCAAGAUCUCGACCACGAAGUAGUUUACGACGUGAGGAAAUACGGUGCGGUCGGUAAUGGUGUCGCAGAUGACACUGUGUCGUUCAAGACAGCUUGGGAUUCAGCUUGUAGCAACAACAAAAACAAUACUGCCUCCGUCUUGCAUGUGCCUUACGGUUUCACUUUCAUGAUCCGUUCCACUAUUUUCACUGGUCCUUGUCGCUCUUACCAAUACUUCCAAGUUGAUGGGACCAUCGUGCCACGGGAUGGACCAAAGUCGUGGCCAAGCAGUUUAAACAAAAGACAAUGGCUCGCCUUUUAUAGAAUCAACGGAAUGGCUCUACAAGGCGCCGGAGUUAUCGACGGUCGUGGACAAAAUUGGUGGGAUCUUCCCUGCAAACCUCAUCAGAAUGUCAACAAAACUAAACUUGCUGGUCCAUGUGAAAGCCCCGCCGCUUUAAGGUUCUUCAUGAGCUCGAAUGUAAUUGUGAAAGGCCUAAGUAUAAAAAACAGCCCUCAGGUUCACCUCAAAUUAGAUGGAUGUCACGUAGUUCACAUCAACUCCCUUCGAAUCAUAUCUCCGCCGGCUAGUCCCAACACCGACGGUAUCCACAUUGAGAACUCCAACUCCGUUGAGAUUUACAACUCCGUUAUCUCCAACGGAGAUGAUUGUGUCUCCAUAGGACCCGGAGCAUACGAUAUCGAUAUACGAAAUAUCACUUGUGGACCAGGAGGGCAUGGAAUUAGCAUUGGAAGUUUGGGAGAAAAAAACUCACAUGCGUGUGUCUCCAACGUUACGGUUAGAGACUCGUUCAUAAAAUUUUCCGAAAAUGGAGUACGAAUCAAGACAUGGCAAGGUGGAUCAGGGUCCGUUUCGGGUGUAACGUUUGACAAUAUCCAUGUAGAUACUGUCCGGAAUCCGAUAAUCAUCGAUCAAUACUAUUGCACGACUAAAAGUUGUGCUAACAAAACAUCAGCGGUUUUUGUGAAUGAUAUAGUAUAUCAAAGUAUAAAAGGCACAUACGAUAUUCGUAGUCCCCCAAUGCAUUUUGGAUGCAGCAACAAUGUCCCGUGCACAAACUUAACACUUUCGAAUAUCGAAUUGUUACCUUCAAAAGAAGAUAUUGUUGUGGGUCCGUUCUGUUGGAAUGCGUAUGGGAUCACGGAUGAGUUCUCUGUACCUUUGAUCUCGUGUCUCAAAUCGAAUCCUUCGACAUCGUUGUUAAGUGGUCUUUCAGGGAGGUGUGGAUCACCGUGAUUUGAUUAGUGGAUGAAUAAGAGAGUUAUUUUUGUAUAAA